GAGCAGAUGCCCUAAUUAUAAGAAACAAUUUUUUUUUAGCAAGUCUUUCAAAAGGUUAUUGCCAACAGGUGUUUAAUAUGUUAAGAAGACUUUUGCCACUUUGUUCACUGCAGCUGAGACAAACAUCGCUGCUCAACACAUGUACACAAAGGUUACUUUACACACCUUCACAAUAUCAUGGCCUGUGGGAACCAAAUGAUUUGAAACUUGAGCCAGAUAUACCAGAGUUCAGUGCUCUUCACAUCCAAAUGAAAGGUUAUGACUAUGCUGUGCUGGAAUCUUACUCUAAAUUUAUUCACAAUGCUAUGGACAGCAUUUUUAAUUUGGACACAGAUAGCUGGGCCUCUCCAGCCAAAAAAACUGAAGCAAGAACAUAUCAUCCCAGAUCAACAACAGUCAAUGAAAAAUAUAACCUGAGUAAAUAUGACAGAACUGUAUUGGUUGAAAAUAUCCCAACUAUACGAGUUCCUAUUUUGUUACAGUUUAUUAGAAGAAAUAGUCCACCUGGUGUUGAAGUAUCAUUUAAAGAGCCAUCUCCAGAUGAUGAAGAGUUUCGAUAUGUUCCAGAUUAUGAUGUAAUACAACUUAAAGCUGAAAAAGAAGCUAUAGCAUCAGGGAAAUUGAGGAAAAAAUAAGAAAGUUGGAUCUGAUAAAGAUUUAGUAAUAAUAUUUUUUAAUUAAAAAAAUAUAAUAUUUCAUAACAA